AUGUCUCCCACAAGGACGCAAGGCCGACUCUCUGUGCAAUUUUCAGUCUCUUUCGACCCUGCUGCGCCCAUGUACACCAACACACACACCAAACACAAGGGAGGUCCUCCAGACCAACGAAAGCAAAAGGCCAAGGAUGACAAUGGGCUGUCACCAAAGAAGAAGAACUCAUCUAGUUCUGCACCUCCAGGCCCAUCGGCCAAGCAGACAACCUCAACCACUAAGCGAAGUGUGAGCGCAAAGAAAGCCACCAAGCAGUCUGCCCCGAAAACCCCCAAACUGAAGGAUGAGACAUUCACUAUCAUCCUUCUCUCCGUCAACAAUCUGGACAACAAUGGCUUCCUGUUCACCCCAAAUCAAAAUGAGUUGACUGCCCUUCUUGACAUGGAACUCAUCAAGAAGCUCACCCUCUCCCCUUCCGCUAGGCCCCAUGAAGUCGAUGCUGCCAUUCGCGGCCUGUUUCCCCUUCAUCCCUUUGUCCUGGCUGAAGACCUCUGGGGCUGGUGCCUAUUGCAGGUUGAGGCUCACAAAGGCCAGUCCCCUCGUCUCAUUCCAUCUAUCCUGCGGUCUGGGGAGAAUAUCUAUGCUGACACAUUCAAUUGGGCCUCCACUCUCAAGCAUCCUCAGCAGCCAACCUUGAAGAAGGUUGUUUACAUCACCCUGUGCAGAGGGGCAGCACGCUUUCCACUCUCGACCGAUGAGGUCAAUUCUGGCAGAGAAAUGGACUCCGAAUCCGAGAAUGGCAAUGAAGCUGUGUCCAAUGUGAUGAAUGACGCUCCUGAGCCCAAGUUCACUGCUGAGAUGAACAUGACAGACAGUGGUGCCUGUCAGCAGGAUGACAAUCUGUUUGUGUACAACUACGGUUCUCAGUCACCAGACCAGAAAGAGGGACCCUCACUGUACCAUGAGGACAAGUAUCAACACUUGAAGGCCACCGUUGAUGACAAGUAUUUUGAUGUUGAGAAAGACAUCUGUGACAUGAGGAUUGCCGUUGUGGCCUGCCUUCUAUGCAACAUUGCAGAGCCAUACCCCCCCCCCAGCUGUGGUGGCCGGAGAGCCAUCGUCUCCUGUGACCCCAACAACAUGGCCGUUCUCCAUGGAGAACUCAAUGACUCACUCCCUCUCUUAGACUUCCUCAAGGACACCCAGCAGAUUCACCACGGUCCUUAUGGUAUCCGCCCUGUGGUCAUCUUUCUGGCCCUGAAGUAUGCCGCUGCAGUAGACAGUGUCAUUAACAAUAUUGACCGGCUCGUCUGUGCAUUCUGUUACACGAUUCCCUGCAGUCUUUGGGACCCUGCUAAUUUCCAGCUAUUCUGCCUCAUCUACAACAAGAAAAAGCAGACAUUUGGGGAAGCCUUGUCCGAGGAUCGCUUCCACAUCCUCAAGCUCCCUGAUCUUGAUCAGUGCCAGUCCAAUGAGCUCACCAACAUCCUUGCUGAGGACUUUGGAGCUUGGAAAUUAUCUGGUAUACCACCAUCCAAACUCCUUUCUGGACCUGACAGCCUCAAUGGCCUCCUUGAAGAUGUCGUCGAGCCAUUCCUGGACUCCUGCCCCACCUUCAGUCCAGACUAUAGCCUAAAGUUUCUGAUUUUUUUGGACUUCUUCCAUGCUCUCACUGCCACCGUUGAGCCACCUGUAUCAGCUAGAAAAAUAUAG